AUGACGGCUCGAAGCUGGCUAAAAAAAGCUUUGCGAGCGCUUAUUUCAGGCCGGGAUGAGGCGCUCAAGCAAGCAACGAACGACUUCCAUAAGGCGGUAAAACUUGGGCAGGACACAAUCGGCAAGCUUCUACUCGCCAAUUCUGUUGAUAUCAAGCUUGCUACGAGCUCAACAACGAGCGAACUUACUGUGCUGCUUGCUAUUCUUGGUUCUAAGACUCCUCCAGAACGCAGAAUCUCCCAAGAACGUGACAAAAUCCUGGACUGGCUGUCGCCAAUUGACUACCUUAAAAAACAACGAGACAUCCUCGCGAAGCAUCACGGGAAAACCGGAAAAUGGUUUCUAGACCAUCCAGACUUUCGCCUUUGGAUGGAUGGGGGUGAAAACACAAUACUGUGGUGUCGUGGUAUCCGUAUGUACACCGGCCAAGGAUUCCUUUUGUCCACAUAUACUAAGGUUUUAAAUAGCUGGUGCCGGGAAAACAGUGAUGACGACGAGUGUGACGAACCAACAAGGACGGACUUCCUUGCAAUGCUCUUGGGCUCCAGAUCUACACUUCGACUCUUCCUUACAUCUAGAAAAAGCGUUGAUCUUAGAGCUCAUAUUGGCGCUACACCCAGCAUUGAGAUCAUUGCUAGCACAACUGAUAUUCGAGACUAUCUGACGACAAAAGUUCUCAAUAACGACCGACUUUUAUCGUUGUUUCAAAAAGAUCCUGAUCUUAGCAGUCAAAUUAUCAACACAGUCCAAGACAAAGCUGGUGGCAUGUUUUUACUCGCCAACCUUCAGAUCGCUCACAUAAGUAUGCAGAGUACCGUUAGGAAAGUUCGCAAUGCUUUAAAUAGCCUUCCGAGGGGCAUCGUCCCCUUCUAUGAACAGGCCAUGGAAAGAAUUCUUGGCCAAGGAGAAGAGGACAUGAUACUGGCGAAAAAGACCUUGUCAUUCAUCUUCUGUGCGAGAAGACCAUUGAGCACCGUGGAGCUUAUUGCAGCCUUAUCAGUCGAAAUCGGAGACUCAACAUUCGACGAAGAUAACUGCCCCCCUCUUCAUACGAUUCUCAGUGUUUGCGUUGGGUUAGUCAGUACUGAUGAAAAUACUGGCACGAUUGGCCUUGUUCAUACUACUCUUCAGGAGUAUCUCCAGGAACACACUUCAGGCCUACUGGCUGAUCCCCAUCUGGAGAUGGCGAGCGUUUGCAUAACCUAUUUGUCGUUCCGAUGUUUUUCUGAGGGGCCCUGCACAGACGAUGCCACCUUGACCAAACGUAUGCAGCAAUAUCACUUUCUAGAAUACGCCUCAAAAAACUGGGGAGCACACGCAAGAUACUCGAGCCAGCAAAGCUUGAAGUCUGUUCUAAACUUCUUAAGAAGUGAUACAAACGUGACGUCAUCCAUACAGGUCUUACAUACCAACUCCAAGCGAACAGAAGGCUGGCACAAUCGAUUUCCCAGAGAUUUCACGCCGAUACAUGUAACGGCAUAUUGGGGUUUGAAAGAGGCUUGCGAAGUCUUUUGUCAAGAUGGCGACAAAAUUGAUGUCCAGGACAGCCAAGGCACUACUGCUCUCCAUAUAGCUGCCCGGCAUGGUCAUACGGCAUUACUUAAAAGUCUCCUCGCCAAAGGCGCUCGUCCUGAACUGGUCGAUGAAAAGGGCUAUACGCCUUUGAUCUGGGCAGGAAGAAAUGGCCACAAAGCCUCAAUCACACCACUUAUAUUGGCUCUAAGAAACAUUUGGACACAUGAUGCGGAAGGCUGGACAGCGCUGGAUUGGGCAAUUAUUGGCAAACAUUACGAUACUGCGGGUGCUCUACUCUCCCAUUACGACCAAGCUGCCGAGGCCACUCGCUUGAACAAGACUUUGAUCCUGGCUGCUGAAGGAGGGUACGAUGAAGCGGUGGGAAUAUUGCUCGACAAGGGAGCAUGCAUCAAUGGAACCGAUGAAGAAGGCAGUACUGCCUUAGACUUUGCGGUUUCGGAGGGCAAAGAGAAGGUUGUUCGUGUCCUUCUUGAGCGAGGUGCUGAUCCCAACUCGCAAGACAAUUACUGCCACACAGCCUUGCACUGGGCUAUUGCGCACCCAAAAAUUGCAAGCCUGCUCUUACAGCAUGGCGCGAUAGUUGAUUCACAAAACCGACAAAAACAUACGCCACUAUUAUGGUGUGCCAAGGAGGACCAAAUUGAUACUCUGAAAUUAUUGAUUCAGUCUGAGGCCGCUGUCAACGCUUGCGACGAGCAUGGUACCACUCCAUUACACGCAGCAGCUGCUAAAGGAAAUGAGACAAUGGUCAAGAUUCUCCUGGACAAGGGUGCUGACGCCACUCUCAAGGAUCGCGAUGAAUGGACACCCGUGCACAGUGCACUGAUAGGAGGACAUUUCCAUUUGCUUCCUAUCUUUGCGCUCAAAGUCACCAACUGUCAAAGUAUUGCCGAUAAUAUGUCCAAGAUACUGGAAGACGGAAAAAACAGGGCCUGGCUACAAGAAACUGCCAUGGAAAAGUCUCACGGCAGCGUCCAAGUUAGUGGUUUACGUACUGCGGUCAAUAGUGGCUACAGCGAAAGAGUCCUGGCGCUCAUAAGUGCCGGAGAAGAUAUCAAUGCUUGCGACAGUAUCGGGGGCUCAACUGCUUUGACACUCGCAGUCUGGUUGCACAGGCUUGAUAUUACAAGGAUCCUCAUAGAAAAUGGAGCCGAUGUGGACAAGCCAGAUGCGACAGGCAACACAGCUUUGCAUAUUGCAGUCAAAGAUGGUUACGAGGAUAUUGUAGCACUUUUGCUCAGUAGCGGAGCUAAUAUUGAUAAGCCACUCCAUAGUUGGACCCCGCUUCUUUUCGCUAGCAGGGAAUGCCACUAUGGUUGCUACGCUCGAAUAGCAGAGCUACUGGUCAACAAUGGAGCUGAUGUUAAGGCCGCCGACUAUCAUGGACGAACGGCCCUUCACUGGGCUGCUCAGUGGGGCCAGUGUCUCCUUGCGGAAGGGCUGGUUCAAAAAGGCGCACCUAUCGAUGCACAAGAUCGUUGGGGAAUGACACCUUUGAUUUGGGCUUCAGCAAGCGAGCGUACCCGGACCGAAACUUCCGUCAUAAAUUUGCUCCUGGCUAAUAAUGCCAAUGCCAAUAUAGAAACGAAAGAAGGAUACCGCCCAAUCCAUCUGGCCGCCCUCGCUGGAGACUUGAAAUGUCUUGACCAGCUUUUGAGACAUGGGGCAGAUCCUGAGGCUGGUAUUGGUACAACAGGCCCAAAACCGCUAGAUAUCGCACGGAUCAUGAAGAAUGGGGCUACUGUAACGCUUCUGGAAGGUUGGGGGGCUACUUCCAGCGAGUCGAUACAGUGGCAGCACGCAAGAAAUAAGGCAACGUCUCAAGGGACGAAGAAGCAUGGUUCCCGGUUUCUUAAUAUUGAUACCGUUCCGAACGAGGUCAUUUGCGUGGAAAAUUUUUAUCGAGCAUUGCGUGAUUUAAGCACCGACUGAAGACACGGAUAAUUCUGAUGCAAAGCAAUCGAUUUGAGGGACACUGUUACACAAAAUUCCUAUGGCUUUUUUACUUGAUAGCUAUGGCCUACUCAAUGCUGGGUGAUUCGAGCUGUUGAACAUGAGCUGACUCUUUGGGUAUAGUGCAUUUCCUCUAACGGAUAUUAUUUCGGUACAUCUGCUCUGCCUCCUUGUUAUUGUUGUGUCUAUUAACGCCGGGCAGCAAGCUGCAACUGCACCUGGAGUAUCACGGCGUGGUAAAGCUAUGGUAAGUUACAUACAGGGUAUCGGCCAGGUCUUAAUCCCCUCCACGUGGUCCUGUGCGCUUAGUACCUCCAGGUGGUUCCUGAAGGAGGAGUCGUCCCGUCGACCCGAUGUUACCCGUAUUCCCCUUAUCCAUGAGUUCACCAGAUCGUUGCAGAAAAGAACCUUGAGACAAGGAAAAACCUCUGUAGAAUGCCUGCGUCGGCCCCGCAACUUACAUUCCUGCGGAGGUGUGACACGCUCGUGACUUAAUCGCGAAGAACAUCCUGUACCAAAUCAGCGAUCCUGAUUGUCGUUACCCCUCUGACGAAGUUCCCAACAAGUGUGGGCUCGACGGCAAAGGGCGGGCAGCUGUUGUCGA